AGUAUGGAACACUCUGUUACAUGCUAUACUCCCAUGCCUCCAGGCAGUUAAAUCAGGUAGGUGCAAUUUUUUAAUAGUUUAUUGUGUGAUAUUCAAACCGGCAAUACUAGUAAGUCGAUUUUUAAUUUCAUUAGGUAAUACCGGUGUUGAUAAGACUGUUGUCGACGUACGUGUAAGAAGUUUUGGUUUCAUAAAGUCUCGCCGUUAUACUGUGGACGGUGGACUCAGAUUUUCGAAUGUCACAAGCAUGUAACAGCCUUAUUCCAAAACCUUCUCUACCUUUUUGUGUCUGGUAUUACAAAACGAACUUUUAAUGGUGAAUGUUGGAAGUGGUAUCGAUGCUGUAACAAACCGAAAGGAUAGCUUCUUCUGGAUUCUACUCUUUGUUUUUCUUUUGUUUUUGGAUUUUGUUUUUGUUUUUUUAUGAUAAGUUUGAUAAAGACGAGAUGACCUCCGACAACCGUGCGUCGUUGCUUAAGCGACGUGAUGAAAUGUUGCUAUUAUCUGAGAGCUGCUUCACGUCUGCGCUCGGCAUCGAGGACGGCGAACCCUGGCUCCAUCACUACAUCUUAGGAAAGAUCACAGAAAAACUAAACAAACCUCCAAGUGUUUAUCUGGAACACUAUCAAAAGGCGAGAAACUUUUGAACGAUAUUUCUCUAUUUACACUAACCGGUCUUGUUUGAAAGGCAGCUGAUCCCAGUUUUUCAACGGGCGGAUAACGCUAUCCAACGGAUAAAUCGCUAUCCAGUUGAUAAGUGUUACCAUAACGUAUUGCACUAAGCAUCAGGUAGAGAUUUAUCCUGGGGAUGGCAUUAUCCACCCUUCCAACAAUUGUGGCCUGGUUGCUUGCUCUCUUCUACUUGAGGCUAACAACCAACUUCUUCAAAGAUACAAAAUCAGACACUGGUGUCCGAUUCUAGGCACCAGUGUCCGAUUUAAGUCACUAGCGUUAGAUUUUAGACACUUUUUCUCAUUGUAGACGCUAGUCUCUGAUUUGAGACCUUAGUGUCUGAUUUUAGACACUUUUUUUCUCAUUGUAGACGCUAGUAUCUGAUUUGAGACCUUAGUGUCUGGUUUUAGACACUUUUUCUCAUUGUAGACGCUAGUGUCCGAUUUGAGACCUUAGUGUCUGGUUUUAGACACUUUUUCUUAUUGUAGACAUUAGUGUCUGAUUUUAGACCUUAGUGUCCGGUUUUAGACACUUUUUCUUAUUGUAGACGUUAGUGUCUGAUUUGAGACCUUAGUGUCCGGUUUUAGACACUUUUUCUUAUUGUAGACGCUAGUGUCUGAUUUGAGACCUUAGUGUCUGGUUUUAGACACUUUUUCUUAUUGUAGACGCUAGUGUCUGAUUUGAGACCUUAGUGUCCGGUUUUAGACACUUUUUCUUAUUGUAGACGCUAGUGUCUGAUUUGAGACCUUAGUGUCUGGUUUUAGACACUUUUUCUCAUUGUAGACGCUAGUGUCUGAUUUUAUACACUAGGGUUCGAUUUUAGAACAAGUGUCUGGCUUUUGGACUCUAGUGUCCAAUUUUGAACACUUUCGUCCAAUUUAUUGUAUUUUCGAUUACCAUAACUAAGCCCGUUAAUAAUCUCAUUCGUGAUUCUCCCUUUUGAUGCGAUACAAUUUCAUGUAAAUUAUGUAAGAGAAUGUUGUGACAUAUCAAGAUAAAUGGCUUCAAUCAACUUUGCGAUAUGUGGUCAGUUUGGAAAAAUUUGUGUCUCUGAUUUAAAACUUUUUAUUUCAUCCAUUUAGAGUGCGAAAUAUCUAGAUGACGACAUCACUAAUUAUCCAAAGAAAAUUAGCUAUUACACCCCACCAGAGCACAUCUUGGAAGCUUUGGAGGUAGGAAAUUUGCUGUUACUUAUUUGUAAUCCUGAAAAGGAAGCAACAGUGUUUAGUAUUUUUGUUCCGGGUAAAGUAAUUUCUUCUCGCAUUGUCUCCGUCGACAAAGGCCUGUAUCUGAGUAGAAACCAAUUCUCUCCCUGACAAUCUGCUGGGCCAGGGGAGAGGAGAGGGGAGGAGAGAGAGUGCUGCAAUUGUUUGACAUCAAGUAAGAUUAUCAAUGUCUUUAGAAACCGAACAAUGUAAUUUGUAUCAUGGGGGGAUUUUAACCAAGCCUAUAAUCCAUUCUCCUUCUAAAAUCUUGCAGAUUUAUUUCCGCAUCCAUGUGUCAGUUCUUAAACUUCUCUUUGACAAGUUCCCGGAUGUUGACGUUGGUGUCCUUGAAGAUCAUCUUCAGAGAGCGUCUAAGGGGCCCUUUUAUCACGCGGAGUUUGACACUGAUAUCGGACCGGGGAACGUCUACAGGACCGAGUCCACUACAUCAGGUUUGUGUCAUGCACCCGCCAAAUUUGAGACAAAGUUUUGGAAGGAAUUGUUUGAGCCUGGAAGCAUUGAAUGCGAGUAUCCUUUGGCAGUAAAAUUUGAAUUAGCGCUGCUCCUACUUCGAGAAAAUCGGUUUUGCACUUUGUGAUGAGAAAAAAGUCGUUUCUUUGAUGAAACGAGGCUCAGCGUGGAGCUAAAGGAUAACUUCCAAAAAUGCCUAAGGGCUCAGGAAACAUGGGGCAAUAACCUACUUGUCUCUGAACUCUUUUGUUGUCGUGUCGUAGAAUCUUUGUCAAGUAGCGUUUUCGAAGACACUAAGCAAAGCGAGCCAAAGUCCUCUGAGGCAAGUGGUGUAGCCAAUUCUGUAAUUUCUCCUGAGCCCCGACAAGGUGAAGACUUCAAUCCGCCUCAAGCAGAGAGUAACAUUGCAGAAGAACAUAAAAUCGCCACCCGGGAGGUUUCCGCCGCGGAAGCCCCUACAGUCUCAACAAACAAAGUUGAGGCAGGUUCGCAAAGUGAACAAUCCUUGGACCCGACGCCGAUGGAAGUUGACUUGAGUAAUGAACCGAGCAGGUUUACACCUGCAGAGGAGACCACGGAUAGUUCCCAGACCCCUUUAGAAGUUAGUUCUAAUGAGCAGCGCGAGGGUUUGGAAACAAAACAAGCUUUUCAAGCCUCGGAAAAAAAUGAUUCUAAGCAUGCUGAUCAAUGUACCAAGGGUGAGGAAGAAAUGGAAAGUUCCAAAGAUACCGAGCUAUCUUUAGCUGGCUCAGAUGUAAUUGGUGAUGGGAAAACUGUUGAAGAGUUAAAUGCGGAGGAAGGUGUAGGGGAAACGGGUAUGGAAGUUGAGCAUGCCGGGGAACAGGAAUCGGUCACGUGCUUGGAAAACAAACUCAAGGAUGAAGAAGAAAAUGUUAAGAGUCUCGAUAAACUGGAGGAAAGCUCUGCUGACCAGGAAACUCAAGAAGCAGUUGAGUCCACUCUAAAUUUCGAAGAUACAGAAAUCAAAACGGAUAAAGAGAUUAUGUCGAAUGAAGACACUGAGGUCAACAGUAAACCAGAAAAGAUGGAGACUGAGGAUAUUCCUACUCAUGGUACAGAAAAUGUUGAAAUGACGGAAAAUACCAGUGCAAUUUUAUCAACAUCGCCUGAUGAAACAGUGACAGAGACGCCUCCUGCUGUCUCUGUGACACCGACUACUGACCCCGCUGGAGUUUCCGCUUCUAGCGUGACACCGAUGGAGAACACGAAGCCGCCAUUGACAGAGGAACAGCAGGCAAAGAAGAGAGAACUCAUGGAUCUCUGUAUUCGUGCUCUUGAGUAUUGUCUUCGGCGGUUUUCUCAGCAUCACAAGUCGCGCUAUCGCCUGGCUUAUGUUUACUACUACUCUUCUGAGCAUAAGGUAACGCAAUCUUUUGUCUUGUUGUCUCUUCGAAAUUCGCACUGUUGGCUGGCGUAGGUUUUACGAGUCUUCCUUGAACAUAAAAAAGACGCAAUAAUUUCUGGUUUUUUGAUCAUUACAUUGCAUUAAAGUAGUCAUUGUGUUCCUGGUAGGAAACCAGUGUCUGUCGUGAUUUACUGUUAGGCAGCAAUACAAGACAGUGCAAGACGUUUCCCUUCCCGCCUCAAGGACUUUUCAACGAGAAAAGCAAAACAAACUUGUUCUCGGUAAGGAGUUUGAGUUGCUUACAGUAAUCUUUAUGGUACUGAUUUAUUCUUUUGUCACUUUCUGUCCGGUAAUUUAACGAAAACAUUAAAUCAAGUGAGGCUGCUGAAAAUUUUUAGUGGAGGGUUUUCCUGUAAAAGACACUAAUUUCUGCUUUCAAAAGGAUCGUAAACUAUUUGUGUUUGAUUUUUAAUUAUUUCUUUACUUUUGAAAACUGCAGAAACGAAGUCAUAGUCGUAUACAUGUCAUCCCUGUCUUAAAAGUUUUGAGCAUCCCCUCUACAAAAUAAUCCCAUAAACGCUUGCGCGGUGACUCUCGUUCCCAGACUUUCAUUCUUUUCCAAAGUGAGCUCACACGACAGGUAAAAUAUAUUAAAGACUGGUUUUUUGUUUGUUUUUUUUCUAACAGGCCUUUUGGAGAAUUCCAGAAGAAGAUAUAGACAGGUAUUGAAAUAGGUCACCGUUUAAAAUAUGAUAAUAAUGUGAUAACGUCUAAGAUGUUUGAUUCGAAUGACGCUUUUUAACGUUCAAUUAUUUAGUCAUUUAUUUAUUUUUCUACACAUUCUUUGUCUCAGUGGUGUCGGUUCGGAGACCCAUCUCUUUGACCCCUGUUUGAAUCUUUUGGUCUCCUGGAUGUUAUUUCUUUUCAUUCUAACCAAUGAUAUUUCACUGCAGGCCGGGAUGUUUUUGCACACACACCUAUAAGUCAGUAGCUUUGAUGCUGGAAGUUCUCCGCGAGUUAAACGAGUGGGACACGUUGUUACUCAUUCAGGCUCUUCUUUAUCGAACACCGGAGGCGGGCAAGUAAGUCGCGGAAACUGUUGAUAAAUGCUCGCAUCUAAAAUUUUUGGUUGGAAAUUUCGUAUUAGAAGCUACCUGAAGGUUUCCUGUGGAUGGUGUUUUUCAGCCUGACUAACCUCAGCAUCGUUUCUCUUUUAAUUUUGGUCAGGAAAUACUUGAGGGACAAUGAAAGGAACUAUUUGGCCAGGAAGGUGAUAAAUAUUCCAGUUCAUUCCAAUGGAUUUAAGAUGUCCUAUGCAUUCGUUUCGUAUCUUUGGGUAGAAUAUUCAUAUCUUAAGUUUGCUUUGCAGGCAUUUGAGUAUUCUCUGGAAAUAAUGAAAGUGAGAGUUUCCAAGCAGGACCCUAAGGUAUGACGUGGGAAAUGAGAACACGUACCGUGAUUAGGGUUUCUAAAAAUAACUCAAAACGAAUUACCUUAAAAGUGAGGCCGAUACAGGUCUCUGACCUCAUUCUCUCCUGUGCACUAUAUUUCAUAUUGUUGACAGAGAACUUUUAGAGGGUCGCUAUUGUUGUAAAAGCUUCCUCAAGGAGGCAGAGGAGACAAAUUUUAAAGGAAUCUCCAUCCCCAAUUCGCUUUCAAUAAGUGAGUUUGUUUGUUACUUUUCACCGGUCAGAACGUCAGAAAAGAACUUCCCGGCACUUAUGUCAUUUGUGCUUUUGCCCUUUUUUCCGGAGGAGUACGAAGACGAUGUGCCUCGCUCGAUACUUUUGGAAAUUUUUAUUCAGUUCUAUCUCAGAAAUUUGCAUCCACAUCAUCACAUCAUGUCCCUCUAUUUUGAGUUUGUUGUGUAAAGAAACAGAGAAACUGGAUUCAGUAUAAUCCCAGCUUAGACUACUUAAAAUUGGAAGAAGUUCAUUGUGUUAAAACCCGGCUCUUUUUGUAAGGAAAUGCUGGUUUCAGCUAAUUUAUUUCUUUGUUAUUUCUGGCUACGAAGGUUGAGGUCUCGUUACUUUCCCAACUGGUUAUGGAUGCAUACGAGUGCUGGAAAACUGGACAAAGAUACGAGGCCCAUGUCAAGGUACGAAGUUACCAGUUUCUUAAAAGACUGUUGUGAUAAGUCAGUGGGCAAGUUGAACACCUAGUUGGUUUUUAGCUAUAAUUUGAUAAAGAUAGGUGAAACGCUGUAGCUUAUUUUCAUAAGCUGAAGUCUGUAGUGCUAGCCCUUCGUUGGAACAAACGCCAAUGCAGUCAGUAUUUUUGACCUAGGUUAACCAUUCUUGCGGCUCUUUUCUUCACUAUUCUUGCGUACGUUGGCAUCAAAUUGUCUCAGUUGAUUUGUAUUGUUUGCUUUACCCAGGCGACAGAGGGUUUACUGACACAGGCCUUUGAGAUGUUCACGGCUUCCCAGGUGAGUUUCUUCUGACUCCGCGUUACUCUGUCAACGUCUAUGUUUCCAAGAGUGAUCAGUAUCCAUAUUCCUUUUACAAUUUCAACAUGUUAUUGAUAUGAUGAUUAAUGAGAAUUAAGAAAAUUAUCAAUAGUGUGAAACUUUUGGGUACAUGCGUAAUUUUCGGGAUCCGCCAACAGAGUACUUUAUGGCCGGUCGUCAGGAAAGAGAAUCAGCUUACAGUUCAUAAAGUGAAAACGUCAACAAGUCACAUCCAUCCUUUGUAAAUUAUAUCGACCUCUCCUCCCUUCCACUGCCUAUGUCUCUCAUAAGUCUCAGAUGUUUGCUCUUGUCCGUGCAGACUGUUCGUAGUCUAUGUUUUUACAAAAUCAGGGAUUGCUAUUCGAGCUUAGAAGAUAAUCUAGUUGCGAUUAAUCUAAGGAGAACAUUUUCCCUAUUAUAAUACUUAAGUUAUUAUCAGGGUAACUGCAUUUUCUCAUAGUUUCGUCUUCAGAAACAUCAAAACUUCGCGCGGUAGCCAUUUUGAGAAUUGGCGCUUCUCCUUCCGCGGGUUGAGUGUAACGAAAUAUGACAUAAUCCUAGACUAAUAAGAGCAUGCGCAUCUCUUGACUUAAGAAAUUCGGUAGCCAUUUUGAGAAUUAGUGCUUCUCCUUCCAUGGAUUGAGUGUAACGAAAUAUGACAUAAUCCUAGACAAAUAAGAGCAUGCGCUUCUCUUGACUUGAGAAAUUCAACUAUCUCGUUAGAUAGUCCGAAGUGUGUAGCACCUUUGCUACAAUUUUUAGCCCGCGUGGCAGGUGCGGGCAAGAACUCAAGUAACACACGUGAAAGAGCGCACACACGCGUGGGACGAAGAAGUCGCGCGCGUGUGACUCCUUGCUUGCGCGUGCCGAUCUAAAUCACACACCCCUGGUUAAUUUGAGUACCUCCCACGCAGGUUACUAUUUUAAAAUUGAUGCACGAAUUUUCUUGACCACAGUCGGCUUCAGGAGAGUCGCUUAAACUUGGUCAGGACACACCAGCAGACUCCCCAACGUCUCUGUUGGAUCAGGCUUUGAAGUACUGUCAACAGCUCGUCAAGCCACAGGUAAUCUUGCACGUCAUGUCUUCCCUUAAACGGCGUAAAACUGAUAAGUUGUAAUGUCCAAGUUUCACCGACAUUACCACGAUUCUCCAGUUUUCCUCCCCCCCCCCACUCUCACAGUGCCAUUCUCCACUAUUGAGCAUACUGUAAACAGGUAACGGCAAGUUGCCAUGGGAACCAAACAAGUUCCAGCAACAGGCCUAAAAAACAAACUGCUCAUUUAACAUAGCACCCUCUUAAUUUGGAAUAUCUUUUUUACCAGACUUCCUCGGCCAAUACGUCAGUUUCACAUCAAACAAAAGGAUCUUCGGGAACCGACACAGGUAACGAUCAAACUUCGGGUUCCGACACCGAUGUUGUCUCAACUGCUUUAGAGCAGACCUUUUCACCUCCGAUACCACAUCAAAAAGAAAAUAAUACUUCAGUAACUUCACCAGUAGGAGAUCCUAUUCAAGCCUCCGAAACUGUCGUGCCAGACUUGCAAGCAGAUGUUGCUCUCGAGGGAAAAACGACAGAUAAUACACUGACUCGUUCCGAAGAUGUUCCGAUGAUAGCCGACCUGAUACCAUCGUCUGAAGCUCCGAUCACGGAGGGCGUGCAACGAGACUCUGAUAGCGUAACUCUUGAGGGUGAAAAUGAAAAAAAUAGAGAUACAAUUGAGAAAAAUUCAAACUCUGCCACUGCGGAUAGUAUUUCACUACGGGAGAUUAACGCUAGCGCAUCAGACGACCCCCGGAUUACUAGUUUGCCCGCGCAAGCUGGCACACCUGCAGCACCCGUUAAUCCGGGAGGUACUGAUAUCACUGAAGUUACUGAUGUUCCAUCAAGCACUUAG